AUUCGACCAUUAGCACCAGCAAAAAGGGCGAUUUUUUUUUUUGAUAAUGGGGUCUCGUUUUCCACCAUCUCUGUUUUUAUUCUUUUGUCUUAGCAUCACUCUGAUCUCAGCCACACAUGCUACCGAUUGUUCGUCGCUGAAACUCUCCGGAGGCAAAAAGCAAUACUCCAACUGCACCGAGCUACCGGCGCUGAACUCGACCCUACAUUUCACCUACAAUGCCACCAAUUCCUCCCUUUCCAUUGCCUUCACGGCGGCUCCUUCGAAACCCAAAGGAUGGAUUGCUUGGGCCGUCAACCCGACAGCCAACGGCAUGGCGGGUUCACAAACCCUUUUGGCCUUCAAAGCCAACGGAUCCAUGGUUGUUAAAACCUACAACAUAAGCUCCUACAGCUCCAUCGUCGAAGGGAAGCUUUCGUUCGAUGUUUGGGACUUGGAGGCAGAGUCCGACAAAGACGGGAAGAUGGUCCUAUACGGCUCGUUGAAAGUCGCGGCCAGUGCCGAGAAGCUGAACCAGGUGUGGCAAGUCGGACCGGGGAUCGUCGAUGGUCACCCGAUGAAGCACGACUUUGAGAAAGCCAAUUUGGCUGCUGUUGGCGAGUUGCAGCUGGUGGAGAAACUGAGUCCGGCUGCCUCGUCCCCUUCACCGUCCCCACAGUCUGCUAAUUCGAACUCGGGAUAUGGGCUGAGGGUUAGUGAAAUAAAUGCUGGAUUUUGGAUCUUGGGUCUGAUUUAUUUGCUGGCUUUGAUGUGAUUCUAAAGAUUUCAACAAUAAAAAAAAGGGAACAUAAUGAAUUAUUUUAGCACGAAAUAUCUAUUUAUUUAUGACAUUUUUCCAUGU